AUGAAGGCAGACUUUAAAUCCGCUGUGGAUGAUAUCCACAAGGAGGUGCAGGAGAUUGGCAUGCAUAUGGGCGCACUGGAGGAGAGAGCGGACGAGUUCUGCCUAGCCAACAAUGAAAUUGUAGAUAAAAUACACAAGUUGGAAACAGACCAUAAGGGACUGGUGGAAAAAAUGGCGGAUCUGGAGUUCCGCUCGCGCCGCAAUAACAUCUGCGUGCGUGAGGUCCCGGAGACCAUCACUACUGAGCAACUGCGAGAAGAGUGA